AUGCAUCAUUUAGAUGUUUUUUUUUACGGAAGACAUGAUUGUCUCUACUUAAACCUCUGCCGAUGUUUUAAUAAACUUGGCAAAUACACGUUUACUGGGACAAGUGAUAUUUAAUAUAAUUUAAAAUCGUAAUAAUUACACCAUUUCAUCUGAACUACAAAUAACGGACAUGACAUCGAAACAGAAAGCUGGUAAAGCUGGCUCCAAGAGUAAGGAGGAUGCUCCUUAUGAGUUGGAGAAUCAGUUUGUACUGCGGCUGCCAACGGAAUAUGCUUCCACAGUUAGGAGGAUUGCACAGUCUAGCAGUAUGAACAUGAAGGACAGACUCACCAUUGAGUUGCACCCGGAUGGUCGCCAUGGCAUCGUUAGAGUCGACCGUGUCCCAUUGGCUUGCAAACUAGUGGAUCUGCCUUGUAUCAUUGAAUCUCUCAAAACGGUGGACAAGAAGACUCUCUAUAAGACAGCAGACGUCUGCCAGAUGCUUGUGUGUACACUAGAUGGAGACCUGUACCCUCCUUUAGAGGAGCCCACUGGCACCGAUCCCAAAAGUAAGAAGAAGGACAAAGACAAGGACAAGAAAUUCAUUUGGAACCACGGCAUCACCUGUCCCCUAAAGAACACACGCAAGAGGCGAUUUCGUAAGACUGCAAAAAAGAAGUACAUUGAAUCUCCUGACGUGGAAAAAGAGGUGAAGCGAUUGCUGAGCACAGAUGCUGAAGCUGUCAGUGUUCGGUGGGAAGUAAUAGUGGAGGAUGAUUUGAAGGAUGCAGACCAGCAUGGCUCUCUGGGCAAUCUGGACUCCUCACCGGGCACAUCAGGGCACAAGAUGGGUCACGGAUCCUCCACCCAACGUGACGAGCUGAGGGAGAUCUUCAACGACAUCAGCAGCUCCAGCGAGGACGAGGAGGACGAAGUGGACCGUCACGAGGACGAGGACUUAAAUAUCAUGGACACGGAAGAUGAUCUAGCCCAAGACAAGCUGGAUGAUCCUGUGCAGCAUGAGUCUGACAGAAACAACCAUAUAGUGAUGGAGUUCCAGGUGCAGAUCAACAGCAUCAAGGCUAAGCUUCAGGAGACACGAGCCCGAAAGAAACAACAGGAGGAGCUGAUCAUGAAAGUGGAAAACCAGGCCCUCAAAAACCGAUUUGAAGCGUGUUUGAAUGAGAUCAUUCAGCAGGAGGAGCGGGAGAUGGAACAACUGGCCUCACUGCAGGAGCAGCUGGACUCGCUCAUUGAGAAGUGACCACUAAGGGGCACCUUGAAAGAGGAAGAAAAGGAGGAGGAUGUCUCAUUCCUUUUUUUCAAGUGAGAUAUUUUCAUGCAGACCUCAGAGUGCACACUGAUUUGUGUUGUUUGUAAGAGCUCCAUUAAAAUAUUUUGUUUCAAGCGAGAA